AUGAAGAUUAUCAUCAUUGGCGCUGGGAUCGCCGGAUGUGCAGCUUACCUGGAGCUGCAAAAGCAUCUCCCGCGGCCUACCAAAUCCGAUGAAUCCCAUGAGAUCACUAUCUACGAGGCAUAUAAUACAAACCCGAGCAUCACACCUGAUGAAAGAACAGAGGAACAUACGCAUUCAUCGACGCUACUCGUGGGGGGCGGACUAGGUGUUGCCCCCAAUGGUUUGAACGUACUGAAACGCCUCGACGAAGAGCUGUUGAAGGACGUUGUCCGCAGGGGAUACGUUACGGCAAUUUCCAACAUGAAAAACAAAAAUGGCUGGUCCCUUUUUUCGAUGAACACUUUUUCUUCGGACAACAACAGCAACAAAAAUAACAACAGAAAACCCCACAUGGUUGCGACUAGUCGCCACUCGCUCUGGACUGCUUUGCGAGGCCGAAUUCCAGACCACCAUAUCAUCCACAAAAGAAUAACCCAAGUUAUUGCCCGACCUGAUGGAAGGAAUUUGAUUCACUUUGCCGACAACAGUCCUCCAGUGGAGGCUGAUCUGGUUAUCGGCGCGGACGGGGUCCGAGGUACUGCUAAGCGGGCACUCUUCCCGAAUGCCAAAGAGGAUCCAUAUCCCCCGAACUACGAAGGCCUCGUCGGGGUUGGGGGCUUUAUCCCUGCCGCAGAUGUAAAAGAUCUCGUCGAUCCGGGAUCCAUGAAUUUUGUCUUUGGUGGAAACGGGUUCUUCGGAUAUUUCUUUUCAGAAAGCUCAGUGUCUGCUACUAACCGGGACUCGCCUUAUCACGUGUCUGAACCAGGAGACUCCCUUGCUUGGUGGUCAACCUACGAGAUCGAAAGAUGUCCUGAUCGCAAAACCCUCGACAUGGUCGACGUGACUAGGCAACUGCGUGAGAGACAUGCUAAUUGGAAGGAGCCUGUUGUGAAAAAGAUAAUUCAAUCCCUUCGGGUUGAAAACAUGUAUCCAACAUGGACUUCACCUGCACUUCCGACGUGGGAGCGAGAUGGUGUCGUUCUCGUAGGAGAUGCAGCACAUGCGCUACCUCCAAGCUCUGGUCAAGGUUCCUCGCAAGCAUUGGAGGAUGUUGAAGCUUUUGCUUUGCUUUUGGCUCAUUAUCUUCACAAGGGCGAUACACAUCGGGACGAGGUAAUACCAACGGCCCAGAAGAAUGCGAUCAAUGCAGCCGCUUCACAGUAUGUGAAUUUGCGUCAGCCACACGUCAACGAAAUUUUGGAAUUUGCACAAAAGACCCAGAACAGCAAGCGUGAAAUGGGCAUAUUCAAAGAGUAUUCUAUGUAUGCUGUGAUGAAAAUAAUGGGACUCUUCCCUGGUUUUAUGACCAACCGAAUUCGCGCGGUAACGGAGUAUAACAUUGCAGAUCAUGUGGCGCGAGUAAUUGCCAGUGAUACUUGA